GCCCCUAGCUUCCCUCUGCAUAUUCCUCCAUUUGCAAUGGCUCGUCGCUUAGUGAGACCUUUAGGAGGAAUAGCCAAAAGCCUUUUGCUUCAGCAGCAACCCUACCCAGUCAUCUUUAAUUUGAGUAGAAAUUACAUAUCGGAGAUGCGGAGGGAAGCAUUUGAAGGGAACAUUCUGAGACUUCUUCGCUACGAGAUUCGCUACGAACUUGAGCGUUCUCCUCCCUCUCAGCCUAUUGGAGAAUUUGAUUCAUUUAUCAUUGAUGAAAGACCUGGAGAGCAAUGGAUUAAAUUAAACAAGAAAUUUGAAGAAAAUGAAGAAAUUAAAGUUGAAGUAACCAUGUUUGAUGCAUCUGUUCCUGUUAAUAAAGGUAAUGAUGCAUCUGUUGCAGAUGAUGUGCAACUUCACAUAACCAUGAUUGUUAAUGUUUUCAAAGGAGAAGGCAAUGAUGUGCUGGAGUUUGUUUGCUCUGCAUGGCCAAACAGCAUUGAGAUUCGUAAAGUUUACAUGCGUGGGCAAAAUGGCGUAGUGGAUCAGCCUUAUGUAGGCCCUCCUUUUAAGGAAUUGGAUGAUGAACUGCAGGAUUCUCUUUAUGAUUUCCUAGAGACAAGGGGAAUAAAUGAUGAAUUUUGUGUAUUCUUGCAUCGAUACAUGAAGAACAAAGAUAAACUUGAAUUUAUUCGCUGGAUGGAAAAAGCCAAAUCGUUCAUGGAGAGGAAAUAGAGACACUGGUUGCAAUUCUCCUGCCAAUGUUGCAUUGCUGAGUUGCUUUUAAUUGUGGAGCAUGUUCUGGAUAUCAUAGCUUGAGAGAUAUUAUACUUGCAAGUUUAGAAUGAGAAAGAAACACUUUUUUAGCUCAAUUUGAAGUCAGACCAUGCUGAUUUAUUUGUCUAUCAGGGUCGCCUACUACAUCAACGAUGAAUCAGCAUUUACCAAGUACCAACAAGAAAGGCAAUAAUAUUACUAAUUAAUUGACGUAUUGUGUAAAGUUUGAAAAUUAUGACCGCAUUCUUCAAUUUACAAGGUUCUACAUGAUCGGCAAAGGGGGAAGGUCGGGGCUUUUCCAUGAAGUCAAUGCGUUUGGAGUUAUAGGUUUCUCCUCUUACUCGACCUUGCUGCCACACCACUUGUUAAGUUGUAAGACUGCUAUAUGUUGACCUUUUAGUAAAAAAUAUUGCUGAUGCAUAGAGUAUCCAGUAUGUUAUAAUUUUUAGUAGCAAAUGGGUAUACUAUGCAAGUGUGGCCUACUUCAAUAGCAAUUUUGCCAGUUCAAUUUUGAGAAAGGUUCCUCUUUCGACUUCAGGAGUUUUCAUUGUAACCAUAUCCUCUUAUGGCCAUUGUUUUUUCCUGUUUCAGAAAACAACUAUCCAGUUUCUGUAUUGCUGGUAAAGGUAAAUUAUAUUUGGCUAGACCAUCUUAUUUUCUGUUGUGCCUUUCUUUUUCUAGUCAUUUUUUAGUAUUCUUGAUUUCAUGAUGUAGACUGUUUCGCAUUUUAUGCUGCAGUUACUGCACAUCUUCAAUCAAAUCUUUUUUGAUGCAGUAUACAUGCUUCCUUCCAGCUGUCCUCCAACUUUACUCUCCGUUUGUAACUUAGUAUAACCAAGAUACCUUUAACUUUUAAUGGUGGUAGAUGUCAGCAUUAGCUGAAGAUGCAUUGGAUAUAUUAUCAAAAUUGAUUGCUGAUAUUUAUCUAGUCAAAUUUUCUUU